AUGCCCAGCAAGAUUAUUGAUGUCGACUGGAACAAGCAACACAUAGUCGGACUGGAGUGGGAGAAUCGACAUCAGCGGCGCUACUUGCAGCGUCUAGCCCACUACCAGAGGAUGGUUGCGGAGGGUGAGUACCCUCCCCCGUGCAAGGCUCGCGAGCCACAGCCAGAUCCAGCGCGUCUGCCUCCCGCGCCUCAGCGGGCUCCGACGGGAAGGCUAAGCAGUUCUGGAGGCCUGGGACGUGCCUCUGGAGGGCUCCCCAGGACGCCUUCAACCUCCCUGACGACGUUGUGGCGUCGCUGCCUUUCCUCUCCAGAGGGACUGCGCCCCUCAUCCUCAGCCUUGUCUGCCAUGACGCCUUCAACUCGCGAACGAGUGCUGGAACGGCUCCGCUCCAGCGAGGCCUGGCUCACCGCUUGCGAGCGGAUGGGCAAGGAAGAGCUGCUGGAUUUGGUGGAGCACGUGCAUGGAAAGAUCGUGGAUGAACGGCGCCGACGAAAAGAGGCAGAGGCAGAGCUGUUGGCAGAUGGUGCAGGCCUUGGGACGGCGGCAGAUCUGCCCUCGAUGGCCCGAAGCGGCUGGACGACAUCCUGCAAGGGUGUUGAUUGA